GCUAGGUGGAAGGCUACCAACGGUGAACCUGAUGACAAAUGGGUAGACACUAACGAAAAUGAAACGAGAGCUUUUGUUGGGAUGAACAUUCUAAUGGCGAUCAACUUUCUCCCGGAAGUUGAUAUGUAUUGGUCUGCCAAUUCAUUCAUUGGGAACUCCGGAAUUCAGAAUAUAAUGACUUGUAACAGAUUUCAGAAACUUUGUCAGUACUUCCAUGUUUCCAAUCGUGACUUAGAACCAACGCGUGGACAUCCUAAUUAUGAUCGCCUAUACAAGAUUCGUCCGGUUGUUCAGCACAUUUCAGACACAUUCAUUACUUGUUAUGAUCUUUCCCGUGAAGUAGCGGUGGAUGAAGCAAUGAUUCGGUUUGCAGGAAAACUCUCAUUUAGACAGUACAUGCCCGCAAAACCGAUUAAACGUGGAAUCAAAGUGUGGAUGUUAUGUGAUUCUAAUACAUCAUAUCUGUCAAAGUUUGAAGUUUAUUUGGGUAAAAACACUUUGUGUAAUGAAAACGGUCUUGGAUAUAAUGUUGUUACUAAACUUACGGUUCACUUGAAACUAACUCACCGGCACAUUUUCUUUGACAAUUUUUUCACCAGUGUUCCUUUGAUGAAAAAAUUAUUAAAUGAUGGACUAUACGCAUGUGGUACAGUACGUGUAAAUAGGAAAGAUUUUCCAAAUGAGCUGAAAAAACCGCGUGAUGUAAAAGACAGGGGACAAUUCCAAGUGCUACAGAAAGGAAAUACACCGCUUACUGCUUCUGUUUGGAAGGACAAAAAAUUGGUACAUCACCUGUCUACUCUUAGUCAACCAGACGAUGUUGUUAGUGCUUCUCGCCGAGUAGGAGCAGAUAUCCUUCAGCUAAGGCAACCACAGUGUGUUUCUGCUUACAAUAAGUAUAUGGGAGGUGUCGAUCUUCAUGAUCAGUUGCGCACGAAUUAUGAUGUUGGGAGAAAUUCCAAGAAAUGGUGGAAACACUUGUUUUGGUUUUUGAUCAACUGCUGUAUUCGUUAACGCCUUUAUUAUGUUCAAAAUUAAAUUCACCCGUAUAAAUAAGACAAGAGGGCCAUGAUGGCCCUGAAGUCGCUCACCUGUAUAUAGGCCUCCGGAGCGGGGCCAGUUUAAACCCCAGGGCUUUUAUUUGAACAAACUUGGUAGACACCCAUUAGAAGAUGUUUCAUGCUAAACAUCUAAGGUCUAGCUGGUCAAGUUUUUUCUUUACA